CCCAAGCCCACCAAGGGCCGGAUGCGGAUCCACUGCCUGGAGAACGUGGACAAGGCGCUGCAGUUCCUGAAGGAGCAGCGGGUGCACCUGGAGAACAUGGGCUCCCACGACAUCGUGGACGGCAACCACCGCCUCGUCCUCGGCCUCAUCUGGACCAUCAUCCUCCGCUUCCAGAUCCAGGACAUCAUCAUGCAGGAAGGCCGGGAGACACGCUCUGCCAGGGAUGCACUGCUGCUCUGGUGCCAGAUGAAGACGGCAGGGUAUCCCCACGUGAACGUCACCAACUUCACCUCGAGCUGGAAGGACGGGCUGGCUUUCAACGCCCUCAUCCACAGGCACAGGCCCGAGCUGGUUGACUUCCAAAACCUGACCAAAUCCAAUGCCCGGCACAACCUGGAGCAUGCGUUCAGGGUGGCAGAGCGGCACCUGGGCAUCACCCCGCUCCUUGACCCUGAAGAUGUGUUCACAGAGAACCCCGACGAGAAGUCCAUCAUCACCUACGUGGUGGCCUUCUACCACUACUUCUCCAAGAUGAAGGUGCUUGAGGUGGAAGGCAGGCGUCUGGGCAAGGUCAUCGAGCACGCCAAGGAGACGGAGCGGAUGAUCGAGGGCUACGGGGGGCUGGCCUCCAACCUGCUCACCUGGAUCGAGCAGACCAUCGCCUUCCUCAACAGCCACAGCUUCGCCAACUCGCUGGCCGGGGUGCAGCACCAGCUGCAAGCCUUCAGCACCUACCGCACCGUGGAGAAGCCCCCCAAGUUUCAGGAGAAGGGCAACCUGGAGGUGCUCCUCUUCACCAUCCAGUCACGGAUGCGAGCCAACAACCAGCGUGUCUACACCCCACACGAGGGGCGCCUGGUCUCUGACAUCAACCGGGCCUGGGAGCAGCUGGAGAAAGCGGAGCAUGAGCGGGAGCUGGCACUGCGCACCGAGCUCAUCCGGCAGGAGAAGCUGGAGCAGUUGGCGCGGCGCUUUGACCGCAAAGCGGCCAUGCGGGAGGCCUGGCUGAGCGAAAAUCAGCGUCUGGUGGCCCAGGACAACUUUGGCCAGGACCUGCCGGCAGUGGAGGCGGCCAAGAAGAAGCACGAAGCCAUCGAGACAGACACGGCUGCCUACAAGGAACGGGUGCAGGCCAUCGAGGCGGUGGCGAAGGAGCUGGAGGUGGAGGGCUACCACGACAUCCAGCGCAUCAACAGGCGCAAGGACAACAUCCUGCGGCUCUGGGAGGAGCUCCUGGAGCUGCUGGCUGCCCGGCGUCAGCGCCUGGAGAUGAACCUCACCCUGCAGCACCUCUUCCAAGAGAUGCUCCACAGCAUCGACUGGAUGGAUGAGGUCCAGGUACAGCUGACAUCGCCCGAAUCCGGGAAGCACCUUCUGGAGGCAGAGGAGCUGCUGCAGACCCACCGGCUGCUGGAGGGUGACAUGGCCCUGCAGGCAGACAAGACA